UAAAUUUAUUUAAUUUGAUACGAACUUUAUCAUUGUUUUGUCCUUUUUAACUUAAUGUGAUGUAUUUUUUCAGCGUAAUGUUACUAACUAAUUAGUUAAAUAGUUAUUGUGUCACAGCAGGUGCUCAAACGUGCCCUAGACACAACCCAGAUAACCCCAGUUUUACGUUAAAACGAUUUUUGUCGUUUCGGUUGGUAGCGUAAUAGUUAUUAGUUUUAUCAGGACUAUUUAUCAUCAAGUGACAGUGGCAGUGUCAGAAAAACACAAUUUUUCUUAUAUAAUUUUCAUCAAAACUAAACUUGUUUUCUUUUUAGCAUGGCGAAACAUCACCCCGAUCUAAUUUUUUGUCGCAAGCAACCUGGGGUUGCAAUCGGAAGACUGUGCGAGCAAGACGACGGUAAAUGCGUCAUUUGUGACUCCUAUGUAAGGCCCUGCACCCUAGUUCGAAUCUGCGACGAGUGCAACUACGGUUCUUACCAAGGUAGAUGUGUAAUUUGUGGUGGUCCGGGGGUCUCCGAUGCUUACUACUGCAAAGAGUGCACAAUUCAGGAGAAAGACAGAGACGGGUGCCCGAAAAUAGUCAACUUAGGUAGCUCAAAGACGGAUCUAUUUUACGAACGGAAAAAAUACGGGUUCAAAAGGCGUUAGAGUUUGGUUUUUUUGAUAAUAAAUGAAUUUUAUGUA